CAGUCGUGUGGCAGUGCAUGCUAUUUUGCACUACAUAUUCACAAUCGACACAUUCAUUCAUGCUGCAAGCGGGUGUAGCGAAUUUGUAUAGUAAAUAAAUGUGUGUAUUUCCAACACUACAAGAGGAAGAAAAAGUCGCGUUUUUUGAUACACGUCAACAAAAUAGAAGAGGCAUUCCUUAAUAGCCGCCGCGGCGAAAAUCGAGAGUCUAAAAUAAUGAAAGGAAACGAACAGAUAGACCACUCCCGGUUGCAGAAGUGAAAACCAGUUUCUAGACCAGAAUUCAGCGAAGAGUAUCGAACUGCACGUAGCCAAAAAACGAAUCGCGAGUUGUACGGACGAAUCAACCUGUGUAUAUAUAAAGGAGCCGUUCGCCAGUGAAAGUUUUUUCAGUGUCGAGCCAAUAUCGGUACUGGACGGUAAUCGAGUGCGCGCGCGGAUUCUUGCUCGGUAUUCAGGACUAGACUUGCGAGAAAAGCAACCAGAAGUUCUGCAGUAAACCAGUCUUUCCUGCACGACAACAACAACAUCCUGCAGUGGGUGAAGGUGAGAGCAACCGAGAUCGAAGUGUGGUGAGAGGUGUCUGACUACCGAAGUACGUGUGCGGAAAAAACAGGUAACAGAACGUUACCUUACGCCAAAAGCCAGUUGGGCAAGUCCCCGAAGCGCGAGAGAAGAUAGUGUGGCAGUAGCUCCAAAAUCUCCACAGAAAUAAAGUGUCGAUCCGUAGCAAACGGCUCAGUCGCUUGUGUUCCGCAUUCGUGAGUGGUUCGAGACGUCGAUAGUGAAGAAGUACGUACGGGUGUGCUAAUUAUUGGCUCAAGUUUAGCGUGAAAAAGGCUAGCAACUAGCUGAAACACUCGAGUAAGAGUGUGUGCUCGGGCAAAUAAACAUUGAUAGUGACAGCGUGUGUUUUGCAGUAAGCUACAAGCGACGGACGGUUCCUGAUAUCAGUUGAUAAAAUGUGUGGAAUUUUCGCAUAUUUGAACUAUCUAACGCCGAAAUCGCGGCGCGAAGUGUUGGACUUGCUGCUGACGGGUUUGAAGCGCCUGGAGUAUCGUGGCUAUGAUUCGGCUGGUAUUGCUGUCGAUACCGCAGACCAAAAGGGCAUUAUAACGUUCAAGCGCACGGGAAAAGUGAAGGUCCUGGAAGAGGGCAUCUUGGAGUCUAUCAAAAACGAAUGCUUCAGCGACAAAGUCGAGACGCAUGUUGGUAUCGCGCAUACUCGAUGGGCUACUCAUGGUGUCCCAUGCGAGCUAAACUCGCACCCUCAACGAUCGGAUGAAACCAACUCGUUUGUUGUGGUGCAUAAUGGUAUCGUAACAAACUACAAGGACAUCAAGAAAUUUCUCGAGCUGCGUGGAUACGUGUUCGAAUCGGACACCGACACGGAAGUCAUUGCUAAACUUGUGCAUCACUUGUACCUCCAGCAUCCGAACUAUUCGUUCCGUGAGUUGGUGGAACAGGUUAUUCAACAGAUCGAAGGAGCAUUCGCAUUGGCUUUCAAGUCGAAGCAUUUCCCUGGUGAGUGUGUGGUGACACGUCGUGGUUCACCGCUGCUUGUUGGCAUCAAGGCCAAAACUAGUUUGGCUACCAACCAUGUUCCGAUUCUGUAUGGCAAAGGACACCGUCACGGUUCUACCGGGAAUAUUCAGGUUGAACCAUUGCCCGAUAACACCUCGGAUUUUAUCAAUCCCGGUGAGGAAGUAGAGUACUUUUUCGCGUCGGAUGCAUCGGCCGUUAUUGAGCACACAAACCGGGUCAUCUAUUUGGAGGACGACGAUGUAGCUGCAGUUAAAAAUGGAGCGCUCGGAAUUCAUCGUUUGAAGAAAAGCCUGGACGACCCCCAUGCCCGUGAGAUCACCACAUUGAAGAUGGAGAUUCAGCAAAUAAUGAAGGGCAAUUAUCGCUAUUUUAUGCAGAAGGAAAUUUUCGAACAGCCAGAGUCUGUUAUUAACACAAUGCGAGGACGAGUUAACUUUGAAACCAAGAAGGUUACCCUCGGAGGUAUUAAGGAAUACAUUCCGGAGAUUAAACGCUGCCGCCGUUUAAUGUUGAUUGCUUGUGGAACAUCAUAUCAUAGUGCGGUGGCUACGAGACAGUUGCUAGAAGAACUUACCGAGCUGCCCGUGAUGGUUGAACUGGCUUCGGACUUCCUUGAUCGAAACACCCCAAUCUACCGUGAUGAUGUUUGCUUUUUCAUUUCCCAAUCCGGUGAAACGGCCGACACAUUGAUGGCUCUUCGGUACUGUAAACAGCGAGGAGCUUUGAUUGUGGGAGUUACCAACACCGUGGGUAGUUCCAUCUGUCGCGAAUCGCACUGCGGAGUGCACGUCAAUGCAGGCCCCGAAAUCGGCGUGGCAUCCACCAAGGCUUACACCUCGCAAUUCAUAUCGUUGGUAAUGUUUGCACUGACGAUGAGCGAAGACAGGCUGUCUCUGCAGAAUCGACGAGAGGAAAUCAUCGAAGGACUUCGUCAACUGGAUACCCACAUCAAACAAGUUCUCAAGUUGGACCAAAAGGUUUUAGAAAUCGCACAAGAUCUCUACCAGCAGAAAUCACUACUUAUUAUGGGUCGUGGCUAUAAUUUCGCAACUUGUAUGGAAGGUGCGCUCAAAGUGAAGGAAUUAACAUACAUGCACAGCGAGGGGAUAAUGGCGGGAGAACUGAAACAUGGACCGCUAGCGCUGGUCGAUGAUACGAUGCCGAUAGUGAUGAUCAUAAUGCGAGAUCCGGUUUACGUGAAAUGUAUAAACGCUCUACAGCAGGUCACGGCGCGCGAAGGACGACCAAUCAUUAUCUGCGAAGAGGAUGACACUGAAACGAAAAGUCUAGCUUCGAAAGCUUUGGAGAUUCCACGUACCGUUGACUGUCUGCAAGGUAUCCUGACCGUCAUUCCAAUGCAAUUGCUAUCCUAUCACAUCGCGGUACUGCGAGGCUGCAAUGUUGAUUGUCCACGGAACCUAGCCAAAUCCGUGACAACCGAGUGAGCUAAACUUUAAAAAUUGUUACAUAUUAACCCGCCCCAGCAUGCGCAAACAGUAUCAACUUGCUUUUAUUUUUUUAACGAUUAAGACACUGUUACUUAAAACAGCAACUCGAUUCUACCCCCGCUGAGUGCUUUCUAGAAUACAAAACAAAAAUUAUGGUUGGCACAAAAAAAAGACAGACAACGAGGAACCAGGCAACAAACGUCCACGUCUGCAUAGUUUCGCUAAAAAAAAGCGAUGAAAUUCGCAGAACGACGCCGUACCACUACACUGCAAUCACAAUUCGAAUGGAACGACCGCUUAUCAAGGCGAGGGUUCCCCUUUCCCUCAGACAGUUUCUUACCGCGCGCACGUGGACAUGAUAAUGAUCAGCAUACACUGGGUAGAAGAGUGGAUCUUAAUCGAGUAACAGUUUAUGUAGUGAACGACACUGAAAUUAGCAAUGAUUAUUUCCCUAAGCUGUGGAUCGUGAUCAAUAUAUUCGAUAGUAUAUAAUGAUAUCAAUCAUUUAUUGUUUAUUAAAUGGGAAAAUCCCACUCAAAAACAACAGCAGUCAGUUGAAAUUUCGUACUACUGUGAGAGAAGAGUUCUUUAUAUAUACACAAAAUGAAAAAUAAAGUAUUAGCUCAUAGUCCUCAACACAAA